CCCCCCAAAAUGCGCGUCCUCCGCCUUCUGCACGCCGUCGCGCUCGCCGGAUCCGCGUUGGCGCUUUGGCCCCAGCCGACCUCGCUCAAGACGGGCUCCACCCCGCUCCGCCUCUCCCCCGGUUUCAGCAUCUCGGUUUCCGUGCACGACGCGCCCGCCGACCUGACCGCCGCCGCGCAGCGCACGACCGCGCAGCUGCACAGCGACAAGCUCGCGCGGCUCGUCGUGGACCGCGGCGCAUCUGACGCGUCCACGGUAGCUCAUGCGAAGCAGCUCACGUCGCUGAAGCUGUCCCUCGCGGGCGGCGCGAAGGCGGACAGCAUCUCCGCGGAGUCGGUCAAGCCAUUCGAGAGUCGCGACGAGAGCUACACCCUGACCGUGCCCAGCACCGGCGGCACCGCGACGCUGACGGCGAAGACGACGUUGGGCCUGUUCCGCGGGUUGACGACCUUCAGCCAGAUCUGGUACACGGUCGGCAACACCGUGUACACCCUCAGCGCGCCGUUCGAGAUUGAGGACGCACCGGCUUUCCCUUAUCGCGGGUUCAUGCUUGACACCGCGAGACACUUCUUCCCGGUCUCCGACAUCGAACGAACCCUGGACGCCAUGAGCUGGGUCAAGAUCAACACCUUCCAUUGGCACAUAGUCGACUCGCAGUCUUUCCCCUUCGAAAUCCCCGGCUUCACCGAAAUCGCGCAAAAGGGGGCCUACUCCGCGGCCGAGACCUACUCCCCGGCUGACGUUGCCCACGUCGUGCAGUACGCUGCUGCGCGAGGAAUCGACGUCAUGGCCGAAAUCGACACCCCGGGUCACACCGCCAUCAUCUCCGAGUCUCACCCGGAGCACAUCGCGUGCCCGCAGGCGACUCCCUGGGCCACCUUCGCCAACGAACCCCCAGCCGGUCAACUCCGCCUCGCCUCGCCCGCGACCCAAAACUUCACCGCGAGCCUGCUCACCGCCGCCGCCAAACUCUUCCCCUCCAAGCUCUUCUCCACCGGCGGCGACGAGAUCAACGCGAACUGCUACACCGCCGACACCGAGACGCAGCAAUCGCUCAACUCGAGCGGGCUCACGUUCGAGGAGGCGCUCAGCCAGUUCACGGUCAAGACCCACAAGGCGAUCGAGGCGCUCGGAAAGACGCCCGUCGUUUGGGAGGAGAUGGUGCUCGACCACAACGUGACCUUGAGCAACGAGACGAUCAUCUUGGUGUGGAUCAGCUCGGACGAUGCGCUAGCUGUCGCGCAGAAAGGAUACCGAUUUGUCCACGCACCCUCCGACUACUUCUAUCUCGACUGCGGUGCUGGCGGUUGGGUCGGCGACUUCCCCUCGGGCAACAGCUGGUGCGAACCCUUCAAGACCUGGCAACGCGCGUACACCUUCGACCCCUUCGCCUCCCUCUCCGACACGGAGGCGUCCCUCGUCCUCGGCGGCCAGCAGCUGCUCUGGACCGAGCAGUCCUCGCCCGCCAACCUCGACUCGAUCGUCUGGCCCCGCGCCGCGGCCUCGGCCGAGCUGUUCUGGAACGGGCCGUCGAACACGACGCUCGCCGGGAAGCAGUCGACGAACACGGGCGUCGAGACCGCGCUCCCGCGCUUGCACGAACUCGCGUUCAGGAUGCAGCAGCGCGGCGUGGGCGCGAUCGCGCUCCAGCCGACGUGGUGCGCGGUCCGGCCGGGCGUGUGCGAUUUGACGGCUUGAGCGAGGUGGAUCUGAGGGAUACGAUCACGGGGUUUUCACUGGAAGCUUGGAUUGCGAUUUUCGGGAGGAAACGUGUACAGUCCUCGAUGAGAAUUAACUUGCAAACGACACGAAAGUUUAGAGAAGCGCCGUCCCGGCCUUGUUGCCACGAACGGCGUACAGUAGCUGUCAACGUAGCUCAGUGGCAUCGACGCGACCUUGGUUCAUGACGAGAUACAACAGUCAAGUCACUCCCGGUUCUGAUUGUGCGCUGCGCGGCUAGCGUAUUUACCCGAUCUCAAUUGUAGUGAAUGGCCUUCUCUCCGCCGAUGAUGACCUCCUCUUCAUGCCCGUCAUCCAACGUCUUCUUCUUGCCUUCCAGUCCGUACGUCUUCACCCGGGUCGUCUCCCACUCCCAAGCCGUCGGCGCAUCCUUGCCGUUGUUGAAGAACGUCUGACCCGUACUUGACGCAAUGGGCGAAUCAGCGACGGGCACGAGGCGAACAUCUUCGUUAAGGGCCGCGAAGUAGAACACGCCGAUACGCUGGAACUGCGCUUGAGCUGGGUCCGGAGGUGAGAUAACGCGGUGGAUGGUAGGCUUCAGAAAGCCGCCGGAGAUGAAUCGCAUGGUAUCCCCGAGGUUGAUGACAAGGGCAUUGGGGACGUGACGGACAUAACGCCAGACAUUGUCGGGCAUCUGGGUUUCCAAGUUAGACACUCGAAUUCGACGGCUACGCAGUGGGAAACGAACAAGAACUUGCAAGGCUACGAUUGGUUGGGAGUAAAGCACUUGACAAACCGGCUUGUUAUACGUUUACAGCCAGGGUAUAAAGAUAGACAUACAUGUGACGGCUCUGAAGUCCGUAUGCCCUUGCAGACGGACGCCUCCUGUCUUCAAUUCAUCCUCUCGCGUAGGAGGAUGAUAUAGGGCGUAACGAAACAUGCCCGAAUCUUUGUUCGCAAGUUUCCAGAGGUAGGUAGCAGGCAGCUCUAAAAUCCGCGACAGCACGGAUAAAACCUUGCGAAAGAUGUGGUCAUGGUUAUACUUUCUGAACGCCUCGAUUUCGGCUAUGAACGGCUGAAGAGCGGGCGGGAAGUAGCGAUCAUGAUUUUCGGGAAGAAACGCAUGCCCGCGGAGGUUGAGUUGCUCGAUGUAGUCCGGUGCACCUUUGAUGGUGAGCGCACCGGGCAGCUUGUACCCUGUAUAAUCCCCGGUUUCCACCUUCGUAGGGCAUCGAGCCUUUUCGUCGUGCGGAAUGCCAUUGAACGCAAACUGCGCAAGACUGAACUGCCUGCGAACCUCGCUAUCGCUGAGGCCGAAGUUCGUGGCAUAGAUGAACCCAUCGCGACUGAAAACAUCACUGGUGGCUUUCACGACGGAGUCGGGAACAUGCUCGUAGUCGUCACCAGUCACUGUGGACAGAUCCAAAGUGCGCAGGUCCGCAUAAUCGAAUCGCACGUCGGAUGCUG